AUGGCUUACCAUUACUUUGUACAUCUUUGCCGAAUCCGUCAUCAUUGCUACGGAUAUCGCAGAGGUUGUUGGUUCAGCAAUUGCAUUGAAUCUCUUGUUCAUAUACCCCUCGUCGCUGGGUGUGCAAUCACUCCCAUCGAUGUCCUUGUUCUCUCACUCUUUUAUCGCCCUGAUGGCUCCAUGACCAAGUUGCGAUUGUUCGAAUACUUCGUUAUGGCACUGGUGCUCGGCGUCGUGAUCCGCUUUUGCAUUCAACUAUCUUAUAUUCAGGACGCCUCAGUCGGCGAAGUAUUCAAAGGUUUUCUUCCAUCCUCGGACAUCAUCAAAGACAACGGGAUUUACUUGUCUUGCGGUAUCAUUGGUGCAACCGUGAUGCCACAUUCGAUAUUCUUAGGGUCAGGGGUCGUUCAGCCAAGGUUGAAGCACUUUGAUGUCCAGAAUGGUCAUUUGGCCGUCGAUAAUUCUGAUGACGAAGAGGAAAAGUACCUACCAUUGAUCUGUGCCAUUCGAGCCUGCAUGAAAUAUUCCAUUGUGGAAUUGGGCAUCUCAUUGUUUACCUUCGCACUAUUCGUCAACUCAGCCAUCUUGAUUGUUUCCGGAGCCUCUCUCUACCCCAAAACAGAAGCAACCGAGGCAGAUAUUUUCGGUAUUCACGAUCUACUCUCCCAAAGUCUCUCCAAAGCAGCUGGCACGCUUUUCGCCCUCGCUCUACUCCUUUCGGGUUCUUCCGCCGGUAUAGUCUGCACAAUGGCGGGCCAGAUGGUUUCCGAGGGAAUCUUUAAAUGGACCGUGAAGCCAUGGAUGAGGAGAUUGAUCACCCGCUAUAUCAGCAUUGUCCCCAGCAUCAUCAUAGCUGGGGCAGUCGGCAAAAACGGCUUGAACAGGACACUUACGGCAACUCAGGUCGUCUCGAGCGUCAUCCCUCCUUUCGUGACGGCACCACUUGUGUAUUCACAUGCCGCAGCAGCAUCAUGACCGUUCGGGUUGAUUUUCAGGGGAGGCGAGGUGAAGGAGAAGCCGUCGACAUGCGUAAUGGUUGGUUUACAACGGCGCUGGCGGUAGCCAUCUGGCUUGUCCUGGUGGUGAUGAACGUGGCAUUGUUGGUGUUGGUUGGUCUAGGCAAAGUGUGAUCGGAUGAACUUUUCGAUCAGGAUGAUUGGGUCUUUUAGACUGGAUGGCGAGGCUGGUCGGUUACCCAACAUAUACGUAGAAGGCAGAAAAUAGUCACACCCGGGGGAGGCAAGACAGAUUAAGUAGUAGUUGCAGUUGGAGAUAUCUCGACCCUUUUCUUCGCACUUUCUUGAUUGGAUGCCAUUUGAGCUUAACUAAGAGCGAACUGGUUCAGGGGUUGGUUGAUGAGAAGAG